UCCGCAGACAACGUCAGUAAAAGAGCACAUUUAUCAGCAGUAUCUUAAUUUACCAGUUAAACAAUAACAUACUUACAAAUCGUACAAUAUUAGUUAUUGGUUUGCAAAAGUCCUGUCUACUUUUCUUUAGUUAUGUAGAAUUAGAUUUGAGAAACAGCCAGAUGUGAUCUGCAGACACUCCCUGUUUCUGUGUUUUGUUUAUGCUCUCCCAUAAUAGUCGUGACUCACCUCUUCAGAAAUGUUUAUAACUUGGGUUAAUGUGGUUUGAUUGACGUGAUGACCAUGUGACGCCCUCUUUGCUCAAAGUAAGUUUCGUUUCUGCUGAAAUUAUACCUUAUCUUAUCCGUCUAUAAAAGCGAGAGGCACCACCCCUCGUUUUCAUUUCAAGGCACGACACAAUACUGUCUAGCUACACGACAUGGGACUCUUGACCAUUGCUGCGGUGAUAGGAGGAGGAGCUGGGGCUGUGGUUGCAGCUCCCGUGGUUCUGGGACUCGUAGGUUUUACCUCAGCUGGGAUAGCUGCAGGGACCAUCGCUUCCCAAAUGAUGGCAACUGCUGCUGUUGCUAACGGAGGAGGGGUGGCAGCAGGAGGACUGGUGGCUGGUUUGCAGGCAGCAGGUGCUGCUGGUUUGUCAGGAGCCGCUACAGCAGCGGUGGCCAGUGCUGGAGGAACACUUGCAGGGCUGGCUGCAAUCAUCUUCUGAAAACCAUGAAGGAACGAGAUGAAGUUACGAUUGUGUUUACUUAAAUCAAAUGAAGGAGGAAAUUACAAAUGUUAUCAGCACAACAAACAAAACUUAUUUGAAAACACUUCUGUGUUCUGUGUCCUGUUUCAACAGGAAAAUGAGAAAUCAGAAAAUGUGUGAUGCAAUAAAUGGUUGGUAAAGAAAGA